CUGGUGGACAUCGCCCAGGACGUGGUGGUGAGCGAAGACGACUGCGGAACCAUCAACGGCAUCGAUCGGCAGGCCAUCAAGGACGGCGAGGACAUCGUCGAACCGCUGCGCGACCGCAUCGCCGGCCGCUUCAUCCUGGAUCGGGUCAAGCACCCGAUCUCAGGCGCGAUCAUCGUCGACUUCAACGAGGAGGUCACCGACGAGCUCGCCGAGCACAUCGAGCAGAUCGGCAUCGAGACCGUGCGUAUCCGCACCGUGCUGACCUGUGAGUCCAAGCACGGCGUGUGCCGAAAGUGCUACGGCCGCAAUCUCGCCUCGAACCGCGCCGUGGAGAUCGGCGAAGCGGUGGGGAUCGUGGCCGCGCAGUCGAUCGGGCAGCCGGGCACGCAGCUGACCAUGAAGACCUUUCACAUCGGCGGUGCGGCGACCCGGGUGAGCGAGGAGAACCGCGUCUACCUUCCGUAUCCGUGCGUGAUCCGCGAGAUCCACGGCAACGUGGUGGAGCUGGACAACGGCAACAGGCUGUUCACGCGCAAGGGACACCUGAUCGUCAACCGCGUGUUGCAACAAAUCCCGCUGGGCGGAGACGACGACUUGCUGGCCAACGAAGGUCAGCAAGUGCUUGCGGGCGAUCCUUUGGUGCGCCGCAACGGCGACCGGAUCGCCGCCACGGAGAUCGGCUACGUGCACCACGUGGAUCGGCGGGUGCUGAUCACCGCCCAGCCUCGCCGCGUCGACAUCCGCAACGGUUCGGAGCUGAUGGUGGGGACUGAGCAGAUCGUCCCCGAGGAUGAGACCAUGGCUUACUUCGACCCGUUCGCGGAGCCGAUCAUCGCCGAGGUGACCGGCACGGUGCGGUUCGACGACAUCGUGCUAGGCACCACGCUGCGCGAGGAGAUCAACGAGGACACCGGCAAGAUCGAGAAGAAGAUCACCGAAUUCUCGGCGGAGACCCUGCAGCCGCGCAUCGUGGUGGAGACCGACGACGGCGACGAGGCGGUCUACUAUCUGCCGGGGGCCGCCUACCUGAACGUCUCGGAGGGCGAUGAGGUCAAGGCGGGCCGCACGCUGGCCAAGCUGCUCAAGGAGAGCGUCAAGACCCGCGACAUCACCGGCGGUCUGCCACGCGUCGGCGAGCUGUUCGAAGCACGCCGGCCCAGAAAUCCGGCGGUGCUGGCGAAGAUCGACGGGGUGUUGCACUUUCGCGGCAUCAGCAAGGGCAAGCGGGUGCUGUCGGUCGAGGAUUUCUUCGGCGAUGAGCACAAGCACGCCGUGCCCAUGGGCAAGCAUCUGCUGGUGCGCGACGGCGACACCGUGGAGGCCGGCGAGCCGCUGUGCGAGGGACAGACCGAUCCUCACGACGUGCUGGCGAUCCGUGGCGAGAACGCGCUGCAGGACUAUCUGGUCAACGAGAUCCAGGAGGUCUACCGGCUGCAGGGCGUCCGCAUCAACGACAAGCACAUCGGCAUGAUCAUCCGGCAGAUGAUGAAGAAGGUAGAGAUCGUCUCGGUAGGCGACACGGAGUUCAUCUUCGGCCAGCAGGUCGACCGCAAUCGGUUCAGGAACGAGAACGAGAAGGUGAUACGGGAAGGCGGUCAGCCGGCGGUGGCGCAGCCGAUGCUGCUCGGCAUCACGCGGGCGUCGCUGAACAUCGACUCCUUCAUAUCCGCUGCGUCGUUCCAGGAGACCACGCGGGUGCUGACCAACGCCGCGAUCGCCGGAUCGUCCGACUAUCUGCGCGGGCUGAAGGAGAACGUGAUCAUCGGCAACCAGAUCCCGGCCGGCACCGGGAUCCGCGCAUACCGCGACGUCAAGCUGUUCGACGAGAACAUGGAGAACCUCGACGUCACCGUGCAGCGGAUCCUCGAGCAGAAGCGCAAGGAACAGGAGGAACGGGAGGCGGAGAUCCGCGCCGAAAUGAUGUCGGAGGAGCUCGGUGAUCCGGUGACCGAGGUGCCUACCGUCUGA